AUGGCAUCACUUCUCAAAGUUCCAUUUAUUCUCUCGUCUGCUAUCACGCAGCACGUAUCGUUUACACCUCCGAACGUCCCCUCGAGUGAAGAGACUAUUCCCAAAACGUUCAAUGAGCGGGUGCUCACUCGGUUUAUUAUGUACGGGUUUCCCAUUAUGAAAACAUUUUACUGGAUUGUUUCUGUCGCAGAGCUCAUUAUCAUUACCUCUCACACAUCAGACUCCUUGUCCGUUAUACAAGCCAUUGCACAACACGCGGCCGGUCACGGGAUUCGUGACACGCCCAUCACUUUCCCUUUCAUCUUGGGCACCACACUUGCUGUCGUAGGGGGUCUCGUCCGUUGGUGGUGUUAUCGCACCCUCGGUCGCUUUUUCACAUUCCAAAUCAGUGUCCGCAAAGGACACCAUAUUGUCACGACAGGACCAUACGCUAUCAUACGCCAUCCAGCAUACACAGCAGGUAUCAUGCAGUUGAUUGGGUUGGUAAUGCUACACGGAUCGCCCACUUCGUGGCUUAGACACUCCAGAGUUCUAGAUAUUCCUGGACUCAAAUUGGCUGUGGUGUCAUGGCUUGCGGGAAUCACGCUUCUUGUAAUCAACCUCGUGUUUAGGGUCAACGAAGAAGAUGAAGCACUGAAAUCGGCUUUCGGAGACGAGUGGACGAGGUGGGCGAAGGUGGUCAGGUACCGACUGAUACCUGGUGUCUACUGAACCCAUUGCACUUGACAUAUUGGUAUUUUGCAAUAGUUACAACUAUUCCCCGUUCAAUCUUAGAUCUAGAUGACUUGCUCAUACGAGAAGACCGUUUCUCCCUUACUCCGUCUGAAGUUGGAGGGUAUUCAUUUCAAAGUUUCAUUCUACAAUAACGCUCAGUUUCUUUUUUACUUGACGGUGACACUGGUAACUAGACUGUAGUGCAAUGGCCCCUGUACAAAUUUUGUAUUAGUCUUUUUUUCGACUUUCUAUUUGUAUUCCCGUUUAUCAUGAUAUGCUCCUAGGCUAGCCUGAUAUUUCAUACUAUAAACCGC